AUGCGCUCGCAAUUCAAACUUCUCCAAGCCGCGCUGAUAGCCGGUUGGAUGAUUGUUGCCACUGCCAGUUCUGGCGUCUUUGAAGUGGACUUGAUAUACCCACGCAAUGAAACCUACACUCCCUCACCGCUGAUGCCCAUGGUGUUUGCGCUUCAGAAUCCGAGUAUGGCUGUCCAGCUGAAUGCCUUGCUUUAUUGGUCACUUCUUGAAGGAGGCAACAGUAGUGCUCCAGGCUCCAUUCCAGGCGGGACCCUUGAACUGGCCUUGAUGAGCACGUUGAACGCCUCGACUGACCCUGACAAGGCUACGCUGGACCUCCCUGGCUACCCUCUUCUGGUCACCCGUUUCCUCGACACCUUUUCCUUCCCUGACGGCACCUGGAAUUUACAAUGGACUCUGCAAGUCUCCAAUUGCACUUCUGGGAGUUACACGCCAAACGUCUUGCAGAUGACGAACAACGUCACCUUCACCACCAGCAAAUCCGGUAAAGCACCCGAUCUUGUGGCCGCAACAUCUGCUGGAACGUGCAACACCACAGAAGGCUAUGCGUUCAACGCGACUACCAUUGAAGCAACUUGCGGCGUCCUCGGGCCUACUCCAACUACCAACCCGUGCGCUAUCACCAUCGAUUCGGCAGCUGAAUCGAACUUAAUGGCAUCGGCCACCAGCUAUGCUUGCUCGAUUCAACAGCGCCCGAUAAACCCCAAUGUUACCUGUCCGUCUGCAACGCCCUUAAGCAAUACUGCGGGUCAAUCUGGCAUUGCAGCGGCACCGGUACUGCUUAUGGUAUUAGCCACGCUGACCACAAUGACCUAUUUCUGA